CGUCGCAGCAACGUGUUUCGGCGGGUCCGCGACUGUCACCGCGCUCGAUACCACGACUGUGGUCCAGCCCACGUCGAUGGCCCGCCGCGCGACGUCCGCCGCUGCUCUACCACAACGGACGAAAUGCUAUUGUCCCACGGAUCGAAUGUAGGUUUUGUGAACAACCGUGACGGAAACGUUCUCCCACUGUUCCACGACAUGAAACCGACGUAACUGUCCAUCCGAAACGGCGCGACGGUUCACACGCGCUUCGAAUUCGAAUGCGAUCGAGGAAAAGCGGCAGUGCUGCUCGUACCGCGCGACCAACGGUAUUGCCCCGGCGUGCACAAACAUCGACAUGCAACGGUACACCGCUGAUGAAUGGACGUGGCGGGGACUCGACGUGCCGCCACCGACCACGUUCUCGCCAGCGUACGUGGCCCACGUGAACGCGAUCCUCCGGUCGAAAUCCGCGGCAGAGGUCGUGAUGUGGGCCGCCGACACGUUCGGACCGUCCCUCGCACUUAGCUCAAGUUUCGGCAUUCAAUCGGCGGUCAUGCUGCACUUGGUAUCGCAGCUCACCGCUCGCGUGCCCGUCGUGUGGAUCGACACGGGAUACUUACCACCCGAAACAUAUGCGUUUGCAGCAACGUUGCAACAAGCGCUGGAUCUCAAUCUGCACAUUUACCAGCCGAAAAUGUCCCCCGCGCACAUGGAAGCCGUGCAUGGAAAACUGUACGAGUCGUCGUCGGCAGAGGACCACCAGUUGUACGGACGCCUCCGUAAAGUCGAGCCGAUGGAACGCGGCUUAACCGAGCUCGGCGCGACCGCACUCUUGGUCGGGCUGCGAGCGGACCAGACGAGCCACCGCCGCGGUCUCGACAUAGUGCAUGUUCACAAUGGACGUCUCAAGAUUUGUCCCAUUUUGCACUGGACACAGCAAGACGUGGACGCGUACAUGGCGCGACACAACCUGCCGUACCAUCCACUGAAAGCCCUCGGGUAUGCCACCGUCGGCGACGCCCAUUCGAGCCGUCCUGUGACCGACCGAGACACGGACAUUCGGGCCACGAGAUUUCGUGGCCACGCACAGGAGUGCGGCCUCCAUCUAAGUGACGACAACAAGGUCGGGAAAGAGGACGUGCCACCGCCUCGCUACGAUGACGUCGACGCCAUCGUGUACUCCAAGCCCGCCUGCAAAUUCUGCAGCUUGGCCAAGGACGUGCUGGCCCGGAACAAGUGGUCGUACAAAGAAGUGAUCGUUGGCAAAGACAUUUCAUAUCCAAGUCUGUGUCACAUCGUGGGAAAGCCGGUGACGACCGUGCCGCAGAUAUUCGUACAAGGCCAGUACAUCGGCGGGUACACGGAACUCGACCGGUUUGUCCACACAGCUGUGGAUCGGGAGUUGCUGCCGCCAUUCCAAACCUCGGGCCACAUCCAUGCGUCCACAUCGGCGUAGCUAACCGUCCCGAAUUCGAAUAGGAUUUGAGUUUUCUAGUGGGGGGAUUCAAAGAACGACUGGAGCGCCUGGAUGUCCUUCAAGGCCAGUGAGUACGUGCGAGUCGAGACCGGGUCCGUCGGCGACGCACGCACGACGCGGGACAGCGUGGGAACAGCACGUACAGGAGCCACGCUUUGCUGCCGGAACGGAUUGUCCCUAUCCUUCCACUCGGAGAACGAGUCGGCAACCACGAGCGUCAACAAGACCGCGUGCUUGGGGGCGUGCUUGUCAAAGUAGAAGUGCAGCGGGACGUCGGCGAUGUCGCAGUACGGGCACCACGGGCGACCUGAUGUCGAAAUAAAUGAAAACGAGACAACUCGAAACGGCACAAAUCCAGCGGUCGAUUUCAGCAAAUAAAUGAAAACUCAACAAUAUCUCACACGUCUUACCCGUGCGACGUUUGAUCCCAGAUGUAAAGUACAGGAAGAGGGGGUAGUCGCCUUGGUACGCUUCCAGGAACGCGAGCAUCUCGUUGCCGUCGCGAAUAGUCUUGUACGACGACGCGGGAUGGCUCAUCUCGACACGGGGCUUCGAUUUGAACACAAAGUCCAAGAGCGCCGGCUGCAUCGCAAACGUUUCCGACAACAGUUGCGACGUCUUGAGGUCGCCGUCGUACUUGAGCAAGGACGGGAUUUUGCGGAUGUGAAAAAGCGACCUGGUACGGAACGGAUUGAAGUCGUCUUUCCAGUCUUGGGGAGAACCGACGCUGACUUCCAGGAGGCGCGUGUUGGUGGGAGCGCGCGCGAACGCGUCCGUGAUGGGCUGACGCGCGUCUUCACAGUCCGGGCACCAAUACGUACCGUUGGCUUCGCUGCUGGUCAGGAGCACGAAGACAGGACCUUCCGCCAAGUUGACUGUGCGCAAAUACGUGUCAGCAGCGUCGAAGUCGGCGACAAAAAAUCGAUUCGGCCCUCGCAUCUCCAACACUUCGUGCAAACGCGCCAAGUUCUCCGCAUGUGCUUCAUCCACCGAGAACUUGAACGACGGAGCGGUCCAGAUCGUGGUAAACUUGGCCAUGUAUGUCACUGUGCUCAAGAAAAGCAAGGCCAACGUGAGCUGGAAAAUGCGCAUCGUCGUGAGCGCAUGCGCGGCCGGCGGAGACUUGCCUUUGCUCGACAUUCGUCUUGCAGGAUUAUAUCGUGGUUCGUUUUAACAUCGAGACGUUGGAC